AUGGAACCACAAAGCCAAAGCCAGGAGGAUCAGAUCAAGGCAGGUCUUCAAACCCUCCGAGAUGGCAUCACCCAACUUCUCGACAGAAAGUCCCGACGUGACAUUCUACAAGAAAAGCGGCAAGAGAUGCUAGAUGACCUGAAGAAGGAGAUCUCAAUGAUCAAGGGAUCAGCUGACAUAAAUGAAGCUGAUCGGGCUGCUCAUCUGAUGGGACGGUUUGAACAGUGGUCAAAGAAUAUCAGCGAAGAAGACUAUGACGAGAGUCAGGAUUCGCUAUUCAACGAGCGUUUCUCGAAUCAGUUCUCAACCCAACUCGAAACCCAAGCCGAGGAGAAUGGCCCGCCGGUCCAAACUGCCCGGGCCUCCAAGACGCGUCUUCCAGACUCGCAGCACAGCGAGCGUUCCGCGAAGCGCCCAAGGCGAAGCAGACGCCAGCCGGCUUCAAAGCAACAUACACCUACACUCCCUGUUGUGAGGGCCGAAAAGCAGACAGUCACAGAUCCAUUGGUCGGAGAACUCUACUUGAUCUCCUGGCCCGGUGCGAAGUGGUAUGCCGGACUCAUUCUCCCAUUCGAGAACCUAUCUCGCUUUGGUCUACGCGUCGACUUCGAGAUGGCAGGGCUUCUGGAGACACGGCCCGCGUGCUUCCGAUAUGAUGAGGAGAACAAGAAAUUCCUUGGAUGGGCAGAGGGGUACCAAGACGGCGGCCUCAAGGUUUCCGAACGAACAUACCCGGUAUUCUACCUUGACGAUGAAGACGAUGUCAGCGCGUGCACCUACGGCUGGGUAUCAGCAACUGACCUCAAGCCCUUCAACUUGAACAAGGUGGCCCCGAAGUAUCACGACAUUAUCCAAAGAUUCAUCGAGGCUCGACUCCAGGAUGUGGAAAAAGGUCCUAUCGUUUUCCAGACGCUUUCUCUCACCGACCCAGUCCCAGUUGCUCAACACAACGCAGGGCCUGUUUACUUGGGUAUACAAAGAACCAGACAGCUGGGAGGAAGGCCUGAACUGCCGGAGUAG